AUGACCUCCCCCACCACUGCCACCUGCACAAUGAGUUUGCAUGGGCUCGGGGUGAUCGGGGCCCAGGUGGCCGCAUCGAUCAAGAGCAUUGAUGAGAAGCCCUCAUCACCAAAACUUCACUCCACUUCGUCCAUUCAAUCCACACCAACCAUGCCCACGCCUUCUCUUCACAGCGACAGGCGCUCACAGGAGUUUGACCCGCACGUUGGGGCCAAACCAUCGUCGCCAUUCUACCGACAUGGAUCACCUACCUUGUCCUACGAGCAGAUAAUCUUCGAACCAAAGUCAUCCACCCCUCGCACGCGCACUCAUCUGAGGGAUAUUGAAAAUGCGGGCCCUUAUAUCGCCCUACGGAAUGAUAGUCCGCGACGAUCGAAACUAUGGGAGCAGCAGAAGAACCCGCCUCGAUCAUGCAUGAGUUCUUUGAGCACUCGUCAGCGGAUGACACUCAAAAUCAUCGUCGCUGUGGUAACGGUGGGGAGCAUGAUCGCCAUUGCUUUAGGAAUAACUGCGGCUGUUGGAGGAGCUGCCUGGAGGAAUAGUGCUAGGCAGAACGUCCUGGGAGGGUGA